AUGGACACUAAUUUUAAAUUUUCCAACAUAGUUGGAUCAGUAUAUCGUAAUGGUACUUUAUUAUUCUCAAAAGAUGGAAAUACAGUGAUAAGUCCUGUAGGAAAUAAAAUUUCUGUGUUUGAUCUCAAAAAUAAUGUUUCGCAAACGUUAUCAGUUGAGUUGAAACACAGCAUUGUUUCUAUGGCAUUGAGCGACAAAGGAACUCAUUUAACAGUAGCUACCGAACACGGAGAAGUUUAUUUCAUUAACUUGCUCUCGGAUAUCAUAUUACACACUUUCCAUGCUCACCGCACUAUUAAAGCCAUGGACUUCUCCCCAAAUGGAAGAUUAAUAGCUAUUUGUCGUGACAAUGAUCUCCAAAUCCAUGAGAUCUUGAGAAUGGAAAACUCUAUCCUUCAUCCAUAUGCUCUGCGUAGAACUUAUCAUUUGUCAAGCGACACUCUCAACUCACUUGAUUGGAGUGCUGAUGGAUGCCUGAUUAUUGCUGGAGGAGCGGAUAAAAUUCCUCGAAUCGUUGGUGUUGAGAGUUACAAGAAUUUGUAUAUUCAUGCCUUGGGUUCUCAUAAAGGACCCAUAGUCACUGCUCAGUUCUUGGAGAAUUCUUAUGAUAACAUAACUGUAGACAGAACUGGAUAUUGUCAACUUUGGAAGAGUUCCCUUCUGCCUGGCGAGCUUGAGUUGGGUGAGUUUGUCAAACCAAAAGAUGAGGAUAUGGAAACUACUACUAGAUUGUAUUUUGAAAAGACGAAGAGUUUCUCUGUAUAUGAAUCCUCAGGAAAUAGUCAAAAAGAGCCCAUUCAUGUGUCAGCAGCCAAGUUCCAUGCGAAGUCGAACUUGUUAGUCACUGCUUUCUCAAAUGGAGUAUUUGUCCUUCAUGAAAUCCCCACUUUCGCCUUGAUUCACAACCUUCGUGUUUCCGAUUAUCAAAUUUCUUCCUUGGCCAUAAAUAGAACAGGAGACUGGCUAGCAUUAGGAUGUGGAGAAGGAAGUAACGCUCAAUUAAUUGUGUGGGAAUGGCAGUCAGAAACUUAUGUGCUUAAGCAACAAGCUCACUCUCAACGAAUCCUAACUGCUGGUUUCAGUCCUGAUGGUGCCUUGUUGGCCACUGGAGCCGAAGACGGAAAAGUGAAAAUUUGGAAUAACCGAACAUCGUUCUGCACUGUGACGUUCGAUGAACAUACUUCUGCUGUAACAGCUGUUGCUUGGACACAGAAUGGAAAAGCUAUUCUGAGUGCUUCGUUGGAUGGAACAAUUAGAGCUCAUGAUUUGAAGAGAUAUCGUAAUUUCCGUACUUUGGUGUGCCCAGAACCAACUCAGUUUGCCGCAUUAGUUGUUGAUAAAGCUGGUGACAUUGUUUGUGCUAUAGGAAAGGAAGUGUUCAAUGUUUACAUUUGGAAUCUUGAGAACGGCCGUUUAUUAGAUGUCAUGAGUGGUCAUACAUCCAAUAUUACUGCACUGAGCAUUCAUGGAAAUUCCUUGGUAACAACAAGUUGGGACAGAACCGUUAAAGUCUGGAACAUCGUUACGUCGGAAAGUUCAUCAUCUGAGUUGAGUCAAGAAGGAUUAGCAGUUUCGUAUUCCCCUUGCGGUCUCAUUAUCGCAGUACUAACUAUGGAUUCUACUGUAACAUUCUACACUGCUGAACAAAUGACUCCAGUUGGAACAAUUGAAGGAAAACUUGAUUUAGAUGCUGCUCGACUUGAAACUGAUUUGAUAGCCAGAGAGACUUCAGCAGCGAGCAAAGCGUUCACUCGAAUGGCUUACUCACCUGAUGGAGAACUCAUUCUUUUGGGAGGAGAUUCCAACUUCUUCUGUAUGUACUCUGUUUCAAACAGAAUCCUCCUCAAAAAAUUCACAAUCACGGCAAACAGAAGCUUGGAUGGAGUUGUGCUAGAUGUUAAUAGAAGAAAUUUCACUGAGUUCGGAAAUAUGGCUUUAGCCGACGUGUCAGACUCCGAAGAAGAAGAUAACCACAAGAGAGCUAUAAGAUUACCAGGAUCGAAACACUUCGAUUUGGGAGAAAGAAAAGGAAGACCUGAAGUAGCAGUAUACGACUUGUGCUAUUGUCCCACAGGAAGAAAGUUUGGUGUUGCUUGUACCGAAGGUGUUAGCUUAUACUCAUUGGAUACCGGAAGCAUUUUCGAUCCAUUCCAACUUGAUAGUCAAACUUCUCCCAAAGAAGUUAAUAAGCUCUUAUCCAAUGGAGACUACUUCAAAGCUAUUGUAGGAAGUUUAAGAUUAAAUGAUUCACCUUUAAUUCAAAAAAGUUUGGAGAUGACACCGAUGAAUCAAAUUCCCCUAAUUGUUCGAUCGUUCACAUUGCAAUAUGCAGAGAGGCUACUCAAAUGGGUUUCGGAGGGCAAUGUUGUGUGGAGUUCUCCCCAUAUUCACUUCUAUAUGAUUUGGAUAAAGAAUGUGCUUCACAUUCAUGGAGCCAAGUUGAAAGGACGUGCUGAUGUCGCUAUUUUGACUGGUGUCCAACAGAUCAUAGCUCAUCAUCAAGGAUUAAUAACGAAAUUAGCGGAUGGAAAUAAGUUCACGUUGAAAUACUUGAACCAAAUACGAAAGAUUCCGAAGAAAGAGAUGAAAAAAGAAACUGCGAUGGAAACAUAA